AUGGAUGUUUUGCCUCAGAGUAUCACUCUCCUAAUCUUCUCUUACUUACCAUACGAAUUUGUCCAGACUAUAGCAUCACUAGUGUGUAAAGCUUGGCACCAAUUGGCAUACGACAAAAACUUGAUUAAGUAUGCGGGACGUAAAGAUUUAUCAGAAAUUAGCGCCAGAGAUUCUUUGAAAGAGACUGUGGAUAACUUCCUUCAAGCCGUGAAGUGGAGGCCUCGUAUGUUCCACAGCAUAGAUUUGUGUGGUGCCACGACAACAUGGAAAACGUUUGGAGAAAUAGCACAUAACUGCACUGAACUGAAAAUUUUGAACAUGGCUAGAACUAAGGGCGAAAUUCUUGAAUACCCACUGAUUCAAGCAACCAACAUUGUGGAACUAAACUUAAGCGAGACUCUGAUAAAUGACCAGUUGUUUGUUUUGAUAUCUAAAAGCAUUCCAAAGUUAGGCAUAUUGAAUGUUUUGAGGUGUUAUAACUUGACUAAUUUAGCAAUUGAAAAAUCGUCAUUUCCAUCCUAGCGCUUUCUUGGAAUAGCAUAUUGUAUGUUCAGCAUCGAGGCAAUAAUUUGUGUCAUCGACAAGCAUGGUAUAUUUGCCAUAUGUGUGAGGGGAAUCAAACUGCAAAAUGAAGACAUAAGUCGCCUUAUAGAAUUCUACCCCGAUGUAGCUGAUAUCGGCAUUCCCACUUUAUGUGGCUUGCCAGAAGGAACUGUUUCUCAGGAGGCAUUACCACAGUUGUGCCCUUAUUGCUGCAGUUCGUCUCUUGCCACCAUUUUAUCAGCUAAAGACGCCAAUGAUGCUAGCUGGAUGGAACUCUAA